AUGGAUGGGUCAGAAGACGAUUUAUUUGGACAAAAUGAGGCGGAGGAAAUUGAUGAAAAUGAAAGGGAAAUUGUAGAUAUAGGGCUUCGUGCUGCAAAAGACAUUCUCUCUUCGGCUAAAAAAAUUAUCGAAGUUAUGAUCCCGGUAUUUAAUAUAGAAGAUGUGAAAUAG